AGAUAAGAGACGUUCGCACAGCCCUCUGGGAAACGGAGUCUUGGCGUUGGCUCGCGGAGGCUCCCGGCUGGAGUUCUGAUAUUCUCUCCGCAACGGAAGUGGCUGCAAGAAGGCGCGUGUGCCAACUCGGCAGACCAGUCUCGAGGGCUCAUCCAGCAUGGCCAGAGAGUCAGCCCUAGGAGGAAGGGGCCCUUUCUCCCAGCUCCUGCGUUCUUUCCGCAGCCCUGCCAACCAGGAUUGCGAUGGGGAAAGAGGAGGAGCUUAAAUGAGGACUCUGGCUGCAAGGCCUCAGCCAGCUAUGACUGAGGAGUUUGCGACCCUCCAGGACGUAGCCAUGGACUUCACCUUGGGGGACUGGGAGCAGCUGAGGCUGGACCAGAGCAACCUGUUCUGGGACACAGCGCUGGACAACUACCAGAGCCUCUUUCUGCUCAACCCCCCCAGACCCAACGUGACUUCCCGUCCAAAUGGUGGGAAAGAGCUGGAGGCCCUGGCAAAAGGGAGCCCAGAGUCAACAGCCCCUGACACAGCUGAGACCAAGACCUCUCCUCUGCCCCAGGACCUCUUGGCAGAAGGACUCUCCCAGGAGAUUUUGGAGACAUUUUCCAAGGAUGGCCUCUGGAACUCCCAUUUGGGAGAAGCCUGCAUAGGCCAGAGCUGGUUAGACAGUUUGCUAGGAGAUCCAGAAAGUCUUCUGAGUUCUGAUAUUGUUACCAGCAAGGAAAGCCCCAAAGAAUAUAUAAGCCCCAAACUUGGUCCUGAGUCCCUCCUUUUUCUAGGGGCAGAUUCUGUGACUUGUGAUCUUCCUGAAAAGAGCCUAACACCAGCAAACUCUCAGGAAUGUGGGAAUGACUUUGGCUGCUUCUCAGAACAGAGCCAACAGGAUACCAUCCAGGGAGGGGAGAAACCAUAUAAAUGUAGUGAGUGUGGGAAGAGCUUCAGCCAGAGUUACCAUCUGAUCCAGCACUGGGUUAUUCACACUAGGGAGGAACCCACUGUGCACCAAGAGUAUGAGAAUGAUUUCAGCCAGAGCACUUGUCUUUUUGUGCAACCAGUGACUCACACAGACUACAAAUCCUGUGUUGUGUGUAACAAGUGCGGGGAAACUUUCAGUCAGAAUACACAACUCCUGUGGCAUCAGAAAAUUCACACCAAAGAAAAACCAUGUAAGAGUCAAGACAGUGACCAUCCAUCAGGUCACAACUCACAGCCUGUUGAGCAUCAGAAAACCCACCCAGGUGGCAAAUCCUACAAAUGUAAAGAAUGUGGCAAGGGUUUCAGUCAAACAUUUCACCUCACCCGGCAUCAGAAGACCCACACUCGGAAACGCUAUGAAUGUGCCAAAUGCAAGGCGACCUUCAACUUUAAUAAAUAUCUCCUCCAACAUCAGAAAAUCCAUGCUCCAAAAAGGAUAUUUGAAUGUCAGGAGUGCGGGAAGGCCUUCAGGCAAAACUCUUUGCUCCUCAAACACCAGUCUGUUCACACCAGAGAAAAGCCUUAUAAGUGUGAUGAGUGUGGGAAACCCUUCAGCCAUAUCCUGACCCUAAAGAUCCACCGAAGUGUUCACAGUGGAGAGAAGCCUUAUAAGUGCAAUGAGUGUGGGAAAGCCUUUUACCGAAACACUCACCUUAAUGAACACCGGAGGAUUCACACAGGCUACAAGCCCCACAAAUGUCACAAAUGUGUCAAGAGUUUCAGCCGGCUCUCCCACCUGAUUCGACACCUGUCCAUUCACACCACAGAAAAGCCCUACACCUGCGCCGACUGCAAGGAGACCUUCAGCCAUAAUGAAUACCUUAAUCAGCACCAGAAAAUCCACAUGGUGGAAGCCCCCUAUGAAUGUCAGCAGUGUGGUGAGCGCUUCAUUUGCCACUCAACCCUAACUUGCCACCAGAGUGUACACAUCAGAGAAAAACAAGGACUUGAUAAAAGUAGGAAGAUCUUGGAUGAGAACCCAGAGCAGACAGAGCAUCCAAAUGUCAGCAAGAAGUGCUUUAAGUGUGACGAAUGUGAGAAAACCUUCAGCUGCAGCAAAUACCUGACUCAGCACAAGAGGAUUCACACCAGGGUGAAGCCCUUUGAGUGUGACCAGUGUGGGAAAGCCUUUGGCCAAAGUAACCAGCUCAUUCACCACCAGAAGAUCCACACUGGGGUGAAGCCAUAUGAGUGUGGAGACUGCAGGAAGGCCUUCAUUCACAGCACCUCCCUCACCAAACAUCAGUCCACCCACAAGAGUGAGCAACUCUUUAAAUUUAACGAAUGUAGUAAGACCUUAUACCAAAGUGCAUACCUCUUAGAACAUCAGUUAACCCACCCUGCAGAGAAGCCCUUUAAACAUUACAUGUGUGAUGAAGUCUCUGCCCACAGUAACUACCUUAUUCAGCAUCAGGGAACUCAGGCUGGAAAGAAGUCCUUUGAGCAUCACGAAUGUGGGGAAAUGUUCCAGCAGAGCUCGUGCCUUUCCCAGCAUCAGAGAGUUCGCACAAUUGAGAAACCCUACAAAUGUGGUGAUUGUGGGAAAACCUUCAGCCUGGGUGCUCAGCUUGUCCAACACCAGAGAGUGCACACAGGAGAAAAGCCUUACAUUUGUCAGGAAUGCGGGAAAGCCUUCAGCCAGAGCUCAUGCCUUUCUAAGCAUCAAAGAGUUCACACAGGUGAGAAGCCCUAUGAAUGUGGCUACUGUGGGCAAACCUUCAGCCGGGGUGCACCACUCAUCCGACACCAAAGAAUUCAUACCGGAGAAAAGCCUUAUGUUUGUCAGGAAUGUGGGAAAGCCUUCCGCCAGAGCUCAUGCCUUUCUAAACAUCAGAGGAUCCACACUGGGGAGAAGCCCUAUGUGUGUACCGAAUGUGGGAAAGCUUUUGCCCAGAAAGCAAAUCUGACACAGCACGAGAGAACUCACACGGGGGAGAAGCCUUAUGUUUGUGAUGUGUGUGGGAAAGCCUUUGGCCUUAGUGGCAAUCUCAGUCAGCACCAGAGAAUUCACAUGCAGGAGAAAGCCUAACAUUGUCCACACUGUCAGAAAGCCUUCUGCUGCUGCUCAUGCCUCAACCAACAUCAGUGAGUUCACACACUCAAAAGUAGCAAGUAGCAAGCCUCCCAUGGCUUCUGGGUGGCAGCAGCAUCCCAGAUAACUGAGAAUGUUACUCUGAAGCCUUAAGUUGAAACCAUCCCAGUGUAAGCAUACCCCUCCAUAAGUAGUCAAAAUCUUUAUUAAUAAAUAUUGGAACAUUUGAUGAUUUUGAUUAAAACAAGGAAAACACAAACAUUGAGAAGCUGUGGAGCAUCAGAAUUCAAAGGUAGACUGGAGCCAGUCUGCUGAGUUAAAUCCCAGCUCUGUUAUUUGCCCCUUAAGUGACCUGGGAGAGUCAUGGACCCUGUCAGGGUCUCAGUGUCCUCAUCUGUAAGAUGGGCACCUUAAGAGUUACCUACCUCAAAAGGCUGUUGUGAGGAUAAGGAGAUGCAAAGCACUUAGAACUAUAUGCACAGCACAUACUAAGUACUCACCAUGUGUGAGCUACUAAUAUACAUCAGAUAUAACAAAUACACUUUUACAUUAAAAUGAAGAGACAAUUAAGCAUCUCCCUCUAUAUAAUUGCAGUUAAUGUUAUUACUAGUAUUAUGUGUGGCUUUAACUUUUAAAGGUUCCCUUCCAAAUAACCUUGGUUCCUUUUGUGUCCUACCCACUACGUAACCCAGUCACGUGUUUGUUGAGGUAAAAUUGUACAAAGAGAUUAGACUCUGACAAUAUCUUUCAUAUUUUUGGUGCUAAAGUUUAGGUGUAUAUGUUUUGUGCUCUUAGGAUCUUCAAACCUUGCACCUGGAGUUGUGCGUUUUGGUUCUGUUGUUGAAAGUGGGAACUUAGUGGCUGACCAUUCACACCACAAUGAGGAAUGUAUUGACUUUCAAGUGGCUUCCCCCUUAGGAUCUCCAUCUAGGCAACAGCACUGAUAGGUAUUGAAGGGGUGGGAACUCAAAUUGAUAAGUGUGUCCAAGAGUUUUGAUACCAUAGAGGUCAGAGGCCCUGUGGAAGGUUGGCAGCCACUCUGUGUGUGUGUGUGUACACGUGCGCACGCACAAUCUGUGUAACUAAUGACCUUGUCAUUUUGUAUUUUUUUUAAAACUAAUGACCUUGUUCUGUGGACCAGUGUAGAAAUGCCUUUCAUGUCUGUGCAUUGGUUCUCUGAUUAAAGUGCACUUGAGUCUUU